UGGCACCCUGGAUGAAAACAAAAAAAAUGUCAUAUGCUACACAAGCACCGUCUAGCUUUCACAAAAGAGCUAAAAUAAAGAUAGGGCAGAUUCUGGGAACUAGACCCUCGUUAUAUAAUAAUCAGUUACUAAUAUCAAGUGGGAUACCAUCACUUGAUAAUGUCAUUGGUGGUGGAUUGGCAGUUGGAACAGUUCUUUUAAUAGAGGAAGAUAAAUAUGGGAGUUAUGCAAGAAUAAUGCUCAAGUACUUUGUUGCUGAAGGUGUGAUGACAGAUCAGUCCAUAUUUUUAUCAAGUGCUAAUGAAGUACCCCAGCACUUAGUGAAAGAAUUACCGGCACCUUUGGAUGAUACAGGUCACACAACAGUAAACAGUUCACAGUCCCCAUCCACUCAGCAGUCACCACAGAAAGAUGCUUCAGCUGCUGAAACCACUAGUGAUGAAAAACUAAAGAUAGCCUGGCGAUAUCAAAGCAAACCCAAGGUUCAGAGUGCCCCUACCUCUAACAUCAGAUUUGGUCAUUACUAUGAUCUUACUAAAUCAAUGAAUGAUGAAAAGAUCAAGGCUGCAGAUAUUUCCUUUGAACAUUAUUUAUUGGAUGUUAAUCCAUUGUCAAUACCUUCCAUUCCUUGUAUGAAUCUCAAAUACCAUCAACUACUACAACACAUCAAGUCCAGGAUUGAAAGAGGCAUGUUCAGCACUACUCAACAAGUUGAAAAGCGCAGAAUUCUACGAAUAGGUAUUCAUUCCCUUGGAUCCCCACUGUGGGGUGAGUCUGGUGGCAAAAGGUCUGACAAGGACGGGUUUGAUCCUUCUCUGUCCUUGUUCUUGAUUGGCUUGAGAGGCAUCUUGAGGUCAGCUUUUGCUGUAGCUAUGAUAACUCUUCCUACUACUCUUUUCCAUGAUAAAGCUUUUAUUAAGAGAGUAGAGAGAAUGUGUGAUACAGUCAUAAAACUGGAAAGCUUUGCUGGGUCACCGAAUGAAAAAAAUCCUUUAUUCAAAGAAUAUCAUGGCUUCCUUCAUGUGGUACAAUUACCUCAUCUGAACUCACUAAUUCCUGCUCAACCAACCACAACAGAUCUUGCUUUUAAAUUAAGGAGGAAGAAGUUUACAAUUGAGAAGUUUCAUUUACCCCCGGAGCUGGCAGAUAAUGUUUCAGAAGACAAGACAAACAGUGGAAGCAAGUCAGGGUGUGGGGCAUCUGAGAACUCUAAACUGUCAUUUUGAUCUGUAACUCAGAUCUUAAUGUUUAGGUAUGGGUGUGGACAGAUAUUUGAGUGCUGUAAACUGUCAUUUUGAUCUGUAACUCAGAUCUUAAUGUUUAGGUAUGGGUGUGGACAGAUAUUUCAGUACUCUAAACUGUCAUUUUGAUUUGUAACUCAGAUCUUUAUGUUUAGGUAUGGGUGUGGACAGAUAUUUGAGUGCCCUAAACUGUCAUUUUGAUCUGUAACUUAGAUCUUAAUGUUUAGGUAUGGGUGUCAUUUAAAUAGUGUGAAUGGUAAUAAAAUAUAUGAAUAUGCUGAAGGGCAUUUUACAUAUCUGUUUAAGUGAUUUGUAACAAUUAAAAUUGGUGUAUUUUUUAUUCUUAAACAAAAUGUAAAAAAAUUUGGCAAACUGACAGCUAAUUUUUUAUGUUGGCAUUUUAAUGUCUGUAUGUAAUGCAAAAUACAGACAAAACUGGUGCAAUAAAAAACAAAACAGAA